GCUCCCUAACAACUACACCACCAAGCUGAUAGCAAGACAGCAUUAGCCAAGCGAUCAUGGUGAUGCUUCAGCUUGCCGCCGUAGUCCUCCUCGCGCUCGUUGCCUCCACCAUGGCCGGCGACGCCGACAUGCUCCAGGACGUCUGUGUCGCCGACUUGGCAUCCCCGAUCAAGCUGAACGGCUUCCCCUGCAAGGCGGACAUCACGGCGGACGACUUCUUCUUCGCCGGUCUCAAGAGGGCUGGCAACACCAACAACGCAGCUGGGUCCAACGUCACAGCGGCGAAUGUACAGUCAUUCCCUGCGGUGAACACGCUUGGCGUGUCCAUGGCGCGCAUCGACUAUGCCCCGGGCGGCCAGAACCCGCCGCACACCCACCCACGCGCCACCGAGAUCAUCUUCGUCCUCGAGGGAGUCCUCGAGGUUGGCUUCAUCACCACCGCCAACAAGCUCUUCACUAAGACUGUCACCGUCGGGGAUGUGUUCGUCUUCCCGCGUGGGCUCGUGCACUUCCAGCAGAACAGGGGACGUGGUCCUGCCUCCGUGAUCGCCGGCUUCAACAGCCAGCUCCAGGGCACACAAGUCAUGGCGACCACACUCUUCGCUGCCGCGCCGCCAGUGCCCAGCGAUGUGCUGGCCAAGGCCUUCCGGAUCGACAACGGCCAGGUGGACGCUAUCAAGGCCAAGUUUAAGUAGGGUGCCUUCGUUGUCUGCAUCUCUGUAUCUGUUUCUCAACAAAAACCGUCUGUGUCAUUACUAAAUAAAUGAUACUCAAGCGAGCUGUAGCGUGUAGUUGAUUUGGUCAUGUAUAUGUUGCAUU